GAGAUGAUGGGAAAUUCCGAACUGGCCCCAGAAGUGGAUGUAAAUUCUCUAAAUCCUUUAAUUUCACAAAAUGUGAUAGACCAGCUUCUUAGCAAGUACAUGUCGACACUUACUUCCAACAUCAUUGGUUGGCUACGAAAAGCACUGGAGACAGAUAAAAAAGACUGGAUAAAAGAAACUGAGCCAGAAGCAGAUCAAGAUGGGUACUAUCAGACUACACUCGCAGCUAUUGUUUUUCAGAUGUUUGAGCAGAAUCUUCAGGUAGCUGCUCAGAUAAGUGAAGAUUUGAAAACGAAGGUACUGCUUCUCUGUCUUCAACAAAUGAAUUCAUUCCUGACAAGGUACAAAGAAGAAGCCCAAUUAUAUAAAGAGGAGCACCUAAAAAAUCGUCAGCAUCCUCAGUGCUAUGUUCAAUAUAUGAUUGCCGUAAUCAACAACUGUCAGACCUUUAAAGAAUCUAUAAUCAGUUUGAAAAGGAAAUAUUUGAAAAAUGAAAUGGAAGAGGGAAUGUCAAGCAGCCAUGCAAACAUGGAUGUAAUUUUAGACACCAUUGCCAAGGAAGGAUGCUCUAGCCUGCUAGAUGAAGUCUUCAUGGAUUUAGAGCCACAUCUCAAUGAGCUGAUGACAAAGAAGUGGCUGACUGGAUCUAAUGCUGUGGACACAAUCUGUGUCACUGUAGAGGAUUAUUUCAAUGAUUUUGCAAGAAUAAAAAAACCCUAUAAAAAGAAAAUGACUGUUGAGGCCCAUCGUAGAGUGGUUGUGGAGUACAUCAAGGCUAUCAUGUUAAAACGUAUAUCUUUCAAGAAUGGAGAAGAAAGAAAAGAUGGUGCAGAAAGAAUGAUCAAAGAAGCAGACCAGUUCAGGUUUCUGUUUAAAAAAUUGGCAGCUGGAUCUGGAGAGCACACUGAAGGGCUUUGUGACAUCAUUGUAGCCAUUGCAGAAGUUAUCAAGCUGACUGAUCCUUCAUUGCUUUAUCUGGAAGUCUCAACUUUAGUUAGUAAAUACCCAGACAUCAGGGAUGACCACAUUGCAGCUUUGCUGACAGUAAGAGGAGAUGCCAGCAGGGACAUGAAACAGACCAUCAUUGAAACUCUGGACCAAGGUUCAAGCCAACCAAAUCCUAACUAUGUGCCAAUUUUUAAAGAAAUUACAGUUCCUACACUAAGUGUGCCAAAACUUCUUAAAUAACUGACAAACUUGAGUUCAUGUGUCAUUUUUGGUAUGGGAUCAACAUAUUUGAAAUGUUCAAAGGCAAAUUUGGCAAUGCCACUUUAAAGGACACUUAAUAUGAUGCUGUUACUUAUUGGGUAUGAGUUUUUAAAAACUUUUGGUGCGAACAGUUGCAAUGAAGAUCCUGGAAACAACCAGCUGUAGAAAUCACUAGCAUGGCUGCUUGAAGAAUGAAACUUUCUGAUGGCCAGAGUGCUGUGUACUGACCACUUACACAUUACAGCCAUAGGCACCAUCAGCAAAUAUAUUUUCUCACAAUUACUUAACCUCCUACUUUAUGUAUGUAUUUACUCUGAUGUAAAAUUGUGUCAGAAAAGAGUUAUGAAAUUCACAAAUGUUUAAUAAAAUGACUGAAAUUUCUAGUAUAUAAUUUGGUUCUAGGGUGAAUAAAUGAAAGAAUUUGAUACUUAAGGUACAAUAAUAAUUUUUCAUCCAUUUGAUUUUAACUUUGUGUGUAUUAAGCACUGCCAAAUGCCAAUUAAAUAAAAAUGUUACAGCUUAAACACUG